AUGCAUCCACAACUCGACAGAAACAGAUUCGACACCUGUGAGAAACUCAUGGAGGCCUUAGAACAAUGCCACAACCAGGCGUUCUUGAAACAACUCAUGGGCGUGUGUAACUUCGAAAAAGACGAGCUCAACAAGUGUCUCCAUGUGACCAGAGUGGAAGACUCCAAGGCCCGUAUCCGGGUCACCCGUGAGAAACAAAAGGCAUUCCAGGAUGUCUUGAAAAAGGGCGAGGAGGAGAUCUACGGAAAGAACAACUAUUUGAAGAAGGUGGUGGAGUUGGAGUCUCAGAAGAGACAGUGA